AUGGCGGAGAAAUUGCUUAAAGCUUUCGAAAAUAUGAAAAUGUUCAAUGUUGCUGAUGAUGACAGCCUUUCAUUUCCAUCUUUCCCACCAAAAUUAGGGUCAAAAUUAAAAGACGUUGCCCCACUGACAAAAAAAGAAAAAAUUCAAAACUCAAACGUCAUAACCGACUGCCUCACGUCAACGCAUUUAAGAACCAAUCCUGAUUUUUCAAAGUUUUUAAGUGCGUCAAUUGAAUUGAUGCUAUCACUAAGUGAUGAUGAGGAGUCUGAUGUUCGCAUUGUUGCAGAUGAGUGCCUAAAUAAAAUCAUCAAGUCGUUGACGGAAACACACAUAAGUAGAAUACAAGUUGAACUGUACAAAGAAAUAAAAAAGAAUGGAGCAUCAAGAUCUUUGAAAGCUGCUUUGAUCAAGUUUGGUAAUCUUUGCCAUCAUAUUCGUUCUCAGAAAUGCAGACCUUAUCUUGUCAACAUUUUGCCUUGUUUGUCAAGGAUUAGUCAAAGGAGUGAUGAAUCAAUUCAAGAAUGUCUUUUAUCAUUUAUGCACAAUAUUAGUUCUAUCCUCAUUCCUUAUGCUACUGAACUUGAAAUAAAGAUGUUGAUGAAAAUGUUUCUAGCAAAUGUGGUCAAUUCCUCUCCGUGCACAAGAAGAACAGCUGGUCAGUCACUGGUUCUUAUCUGUCUCAACUCUAAUUUUUCAAGAUCAUCCGUCAUCUGGUUAUUUCAGCAACUAAUCAAUGACCUUUCUAAAGACUCACCAGAUAAAAUAAGUCUCACCGGUUGGUUACUGGCUGCCAGACAUCUUUUAUCUUAUCCAAUUUCUAAUCUGAAUGCAUCAGACAGACACAACUCAGUUCAUGAUUAUAAUUCAUCUCUCUCAACAAAGCAAGCUUUACUUAUUGACAAGUUAUUGGCUCAAGUCUUAGAGUUGAUACUUAAGUACUGCAAACACGAGGAUCAUAAUGUGGUCAACGCAUCACUGGAAUGUUUGCUCCAAUUCCUAAAGCAUAUUCCAAGUAGUGUUAGACAGGCACUUGUCAGUCAAAAUGGUUUUCAACUUUUAAGCCAUGCUACUGAUUUGUCAGAAAACAAGGAACCAAAUGCUGCGGCCACUGUCAUUAAUGUUGAUGUGAAAGAGACAUUUGAAAUGCCCUUCAAUUCAGUGGAUGAGUUAUUGGAAACUCAGACAGACUUGACUGUUUCAGCUUCUAUCAAUGAUGAUCAGUCAGAAGUAGCAGUGGAAGAUUGUGAUGAUGCACUGAAUGAACUGGCUGCUGCUACUACCACUAAUAAAAGUAUCAGUGACAGUUCACUCUCUGGCAUUGCUCAAGAAAUAAAUUUGGAUUUUUCAUCAGUUUUACCCUUAAAUUAUUCUGCUGGUGUGAGAGUCUCUUCUAACCUCACUCUAAAUCAACAGGAUAAUGAGGAUUGUGAUGUGAGUAAAAAAUUGAAGCGUGUCAAUGAAAACAAUGAUGAUGUUGAUGACACAGGAACAUUGUAUGACACAACUCAACCACCCAUCCUACAUCUUGCUAGAUUUCUCUGUAAAGAAUUCCUCCUAUCAGGAAAAAAAAGUACUCUAAUGGAUGACUUCCAGGUACGAGUUAGUGUGAAGGUCAUUUCAAUUAGUUGUUUAACUUUCAUUGUUGAGAUACACCCCUACGUACUUGAUGAGAAAUUGAAGAGGAAUUAUGUAGAUGGUGAUGUUCAGUUUAUGCAUGACGUGUUGUUAUAUAAAAGACAUGCAGACCCACACAUCAGAGGAAAUGUUGCACUGCUUGUUGGAAUGUUUAUUUCUUCAUUAAUUCUCAAUUCAAAUCUGGACCAUAAUGCUCAUCGACAUCAUCAUUUUGAAGGCAAUCUGCAGUUGAAGAUGUUGCUCCAGGUUUUGAUUGAGAUUUUCAACUCUGAAUCAUCAGUCGCCAGCAAAUGCAGUUUGGAAGCCUUACAGUCAUGUUUGCCUUUAUUAGUGAGCAGUUGUUAUGGGGAGGAUGCAUUGGAAAUCAUCCAGCAUAUUUUCCAAGUCAAUAGUAACAGUUACUGGCUCGUUAAGAUUGAGUUGCUAAACCUGAUGGCAGUUCUGGACUACAAAGAUAUUUUACACCAUCAAAAAAUGCUUCCUUCUUUCAAUUCAAAGUUAGUUAUAUAUGAUCAAGUUCUUGAUAUGAUUAUGACAAUGUUGGGAGAUGAUGAUUCAAGAGUUAGAGAUGUAGCAACCUCAGCUAUAUGUCAAAUAAUUAUGAAGCAUUUUCAUAAUAUGGAGAAUAGCCACCUGGAUUUGAUAAUGUCACAGGCAUAUCAAUGCAGACCUGAUCAUUUGUUAUUUGAUGAGAACACAGAUUCUUCACUAUCUCGAGUUAUUAGAAUGAUUUCUAAACACAUGCUUCAUUCAACAAGUAAACAACUGACUGCAGGCUGCUCUAAUGCCUUGUUGAAAUUGACGCACCAGUUUCCAGUUGAUAAGUUCAUGAACUCCUGGAUGGUACUUUUCACAAAUUCUUCUGCAGCCAGUUUUAAGCAGUUUCCUAAUAUUAGACUUAAAAAUCUCGGACACAUUCCAAGUCUCAACACUGCUAACGUGACUGCAGCAGGAAAAACAUCAUCAACAACUGCCCCUGCUGCUGCUACUAAACUGAAAGCAACAAACGAGAGCAUGAGUGCAGCAGCAGGCCAGGUCAUCAAUGAAUGUGAUUGGUGUACAACAUCUGUCGGUGGUUUGUUACCUUUUAUCAUCUCCAACAUCACAUCAUCAUCAUCACUGGCACAUGAUAUGAACUUUCAUUCGGAUGCCAUCAGACUUGGUGGGAAUAUUUUUAUUGGACUGGCUAGAAGACGUAGCUUGGAAAGAGCAAAAAUAAACUCUGAAUGUAUGUGGAUGAUUCUAAAUGAUCGACAUCUUGCACAACUUGCUGAACAGUUCUUCGUACAUCUCAUGAAAAUGAUGAACAUAUUCAGUUUGGUCAUCCUCAACUGUGCAAUCCCAACUUCUACAACAUCAACAACACCAUCAACUACAUCUGCAACAACUAUCAAAUCACAUUCAUCACUAUCAUCAUCAUUGUCAAUGCCAUCCACGGGUACAACAAUGCCAUCAUCUUCUUCAUCAGCAGCAGCAACUGCUACAUCUAUGGUCAGCCCAAUAAAGAGGAAGAUGAAGUUAAUAAAGGAUGAACCGAUGAGCAACACACAAGACAAAUCAUCCUCUGUUAAUAAGGAUUUAUUAUCGCUUAAAGAGGUCUUGGGCGCCUUUCAACAUCUUCAGCACUAUCAACAACUUUACAAUGUACUGAAAAUUUCUCAUGCAUCUUAUAAGAUAUCAGGUGACUUCACAAGUGACAAAUUUUGCCUGAUGCUUCAAUCGACACUUCAAGUUCUCUCGCAGAUGCUGGACAUGUGCAGUUACAGGGAGGUGGGCAGGUGUGCAGAGGAGAUGCUCUCCUACUUGGCGUCCACAUUUUCUAUUGAUCCUGUUAACACACUCAUUUCCACUCAGCAGUUAUUGAAAUCUCUUUUUGGUACUAAUUUAAUUAGUUCCGUGGGAGCUCUCGAUCAACCAACAGUAUCAAGAGGGAUGGAAGUAUUAACAGAAUCUUCAACAUCACCUACAAAAACCACAAAACGACAACAAGAGAAUAAGUCGGACAUAUUUAGAAUUUGUUUCAUAGAUCAUCUUAAAUGGCAUAAACAAAAUUUUAGCAAGCUCGCUACCACUAUGAAUGAAUCUCCUGAUAAGUUGUUACAUUCAUUCAGAAACGUUGAACACGUUCAGCAUGUACCGGCGACCAAUAAACUUUUGCAGAAGUAUGAUAAAACAUCGAUAGCCACCUUCAUAAAGUUAUUUGAACCUUUGGUCAUUCGAGCAUUGAAACAGUACACAAUAAGCAGUGCUGUGACAUUGCAAAUACAAGUACUGCAACUGCUGGUGAGCCUCAUUAAACUGAGAGUUAAUUAUUAUCUACUUGAUUCUGACCAAAUAUUCAUUGGGUUUGUUAUGAAGCAGUUUGAACAAAUUGAAAGUGGGCAAAUAAAUCAGAAAGAGAGUCACAUACUACUGAGUGAAAUAAUGAAUUUCUUGGUGCAAUUAUCUGGUGAGAAGUAUCACAGUAAACCUGUCAUCACCAUUCCUAAAAUAAUUCAACUCUGCGAUGGUAUCAUGGCAAGUGGUUUGAAUCCUGUUAAGUUUUGCAUCCCAAGCUUGCAUUACGUAACUAAGAGUUUGUUCGCAUUAAAAUAUGAAAAUUUGUCUAGUAAUUGUAGUACCGGUAGCAGUGUUAGUUGUGGAAGUUGCAGCAGUGAUAUUGAAAGAUGGUCAGUCAGUAUCAUGUCAUCAUCUCAGGAGGUCGAAACUCAGAGAGAGGUUGUCAUAUCCAUGCUGUUGCGAGUUCUUUCCCACUGUGAAGCACUCGAGCUCUUUAUCCUGGUGCUGAAGCACACACAGGUGGAAAGCAUUGAAAAGUGGAACAAGACAUCUAGACAGCUGGCCGAUGUAUUUUUCUAUUUGUUCAAGAACGAUAAGAUAUGUAUAGAGAAUAUUUCUGAUAUAAAAAUUUUGGAGGCAUUGUUGCUGAACAUGUCAUCUUGCGUGUACAGGCCUGCUAACACUCUGGUCAAUCUACUUUUUUCAUCACAUUCAGUUAAUACUAUUUCAGAUUUAAACAAAUGGUUGAUGAAAUCAUUGUUUGCUUUCAAGGCUUUAACGUCAUAUUUAUCUGAAACUUACAUCGAGGCAAAGUCGCACGACAUGAAUCUCUCCUGGACGACUAACUUCGAGGAGAUGACGUCAUCAUCGUCGUCCUCUUCCUCGUGUCUCUAUUCUAAUGAGGAGUUGUUGUUGCCCAGAUUGCUUGUCGACGCAAUUUUAACAUCCAUGCUCCACGUACAACGAACUGUUGAGCAACAAAAGUUUCAACUUCACCGACAGCAGAAACAUCAUCUUCCUUCAUCUCAUCAAUAUACAUUAACGCAAAAUGUUACCAACAACCUCGCAGCACACCUCCGCUAUGAACAGCAUCUACAACAUGAGCUGCAACAGAAGUCUUUUGAAGUUUUGUAUUAUUUAACCACUGAUCUUCUGACAUAUGUUGUUUAUUCAAUAAAUGCUGGUAUAUUGGAAUGGACUAGUGAACAAAUGAAUCAUUUGAUGAAGAGCACAGAGUAUGUACCCAUCGUAGAUGAAAUAAAUGAGAACAUUAUUCUAUUGACCCGUCUGCAGCCUGCUAUCUCUACUAAGUGGUUUCAUCUCAUUCUCUCUCUUAAGCUCGUUGACUUUGAACAACAGUCUCAGCUAUCUUUCGGACCUCCACUUUUAAAUUAUCUAUUCGAAAGCGAAAGUGAAUUUUUACCCAGUUGCAAACAAUUUCGUCAGAAACAACAGCAAAAACAUUUGAAACAAAAACAUCACAUUAAACCACAACAGUAUGUUUCAUGUAAUCAAAUAUUUGUACAGCAGGCUGUUUUCUGUCUUCUUUCAAAUUACUCUAUGUCCAACAGUGAUGAAAAGUUGAUUGUAUGGCUACUUGAAAGAAAUAUUGAUAGAUUGAUUGCUCUUUAUAAUAACUGCCAGUCUGUUUACCAAUUUGUAAGGCACGUGCAUGCAAAUGAACGACUCAGUCGACUACUUUGUGACUUGACAUUGGCUCAUUAUAGAUCGAAUAGAAGGAUGCACAGCCAGCCACACAAGAUACGUGAUAUGCUUUCAUGUUUGUCGCGAGUGCACAUCUCUGCGGUAGGUCACGUGACAAUCAAACUGAUUACCACAAUGUUACCUCACAUCUGUUUGAAUGUUUCUUACUUGAUUGAAAAGAUGGUAUCGUCCUACAUUAACAUUAUGUUGACCACCGAUUCCAUUCAGUGCAACAAAUUGAUUAGCGAGAAAGAGGUUGAUGAGUUAAUAAAAUGCCUGGCAAACUACAGCUCAAAAUGCAAUUUGGAUGAAUUAGUUGUGAAGCUGAAGGAACAUAUGAAAAGUGGAGUCAAAAUGGAUAAAGCAUCAUCUUCACUUGGGUUUGGCGCUGUCUCAGAACUUAGAAAUUGUAUAAUUGACAAAGAUAUGAUGUUUGAAAUAAUAAAGAAAAAGUGUGAAAUUGGUGCAUGCAGGGUGGAUGACUGUGCAGUGCUGUUGGCUUCACUUAGUUAUUCAUCCAUCAAAUUUAUCAUGGCGUCUGAAAAUUUCAACCCGGAAGUUUUGAAAUCAUGUUUUGAUUUGGUGGCCAUUCAGUGGAAUCUUACAAUAUCACGAACAAUAUCAUCGAGCUUGAGUGAUUUCUCAAAGUUAGCUAUUAAAUCGUUGCAUGAUAAAAUAAAAGUUGUGUUGGACAGACUUCCCACUCCUCAUCAGUUGCUCUUCAUUAACGACCCAACACACGACAAAUACACUUCUGACGUUUUGCUGCUGUUUAAGGAGCCUCAAUUCAACAGGUCUGUCAACGUUCUCUCACGGGUACUGCAAAGUUAUUUAAACAUCCUACCUGAUGCAAGUGAGGUUGACGAUAAUGUUUGUCGGCUGGUCGUGCUGUCUUUUGAACUGUUGCAUUUUCAUUUGAUUAAGAAUGAUGAUGAUGAAGAUAGUGAUGGUGACAACGAUGAGGAUGAUGAUGAAGCUGGUGACCUGCGUUGGAGUGAAGUCGUGAGACUGUUAAAUCUUCUCAACGUAUUGCUGGCCAAUGACAAUUUCAAGAAAUUUUUUUAUUCUGCUAACAACAAGAACAACAAAAACAGCAACAACAUUGAGGAUGGUGAUAAUAAUGAAAACAAAUCAUUUGCUCUAUCGGUUAUAUAUCACACAUAUUACAUUCUACAAUUUAAAAUUUUCAACCUGGGUUACAAGAAUACACAGGCCUUGUACCAAGUGUACAGAAAAAUACAUCUUCUUGAUAAUGAUGCUCAGUUAAAAUAUGCUUGCGAGAUGAUGAAUGAUAUGACAGCUCAUAUAUAUGGCAACCUCAGUGACAACCACAAAUUUCUGCUGAUGCUGAACCAAUCUAAUGUUCCUUCAUAUGUUCAUCUUAGCAGCUCCAUGCCUACAUUUAUACGUUCACCUUUCAGAAGAUUGUUGAUAAAUCUUAGUCGUCUGCCUCUGGUUAACAGUUACGUGCGUACCCCACAGCCAGUUUGGAGGAUGGGAUGGAACCCGACGUGCUCGCAUCCGAACGCAACGUCACACCCUCCAGUACCAUUCAGUUAUUUGAGAGAAAAACAAGUUCUCAUAGAGUACAUCUGCCGAGUUAAUUCCAUUGGUUGGACAAGCAGGCAGCAGUUUGAAGAAACUUGGAUGAGUUUUUUGGGGGUUUUGAAUCCAUCGCUGUACAAUGAAGAAGAAAAUUCAACUGAAGAUUGUCACGAAAAUGUACACUACCAGAUAUUAGCCAUGCGAUCAAUCACAUGCCUGCUUCUACUAACUUCACACACACCUUACCCAGGUAAUCCUUCAAUUGGCAGGUUUUUGCACAUGCCCAGAAAUCAACUAACUUCAUUUCUCAAAUCCAAUAUUGGUUUAAAACUUUUGUCAAUUCGUCACCUUCUUGAAUAUGAUUUGAAAAAUUAUCGUUCUCAUCUCCACCUUCAGCAGGAGAUGUUUGGAAAAUCAUCGUCAACAAACGGCGCAAAGUUUCUAAAAACUUGCGGUCUUCUUCCAUACUCGAAGAACGUUGAAUGCGUGGCAGCACUUGGCAUUAGCAGUGGCAGUUGCGCCGAAAAUUUUUAUAUGCCUGGCCAGCUGAGCGUCUCGUGGAUGAUUUCUACUCAGCAGCAGCGAGACACAGAUAAUAUUACAAUUGCCAUUGACGCACUAUCAAGUAAAACAACGAGUAAAACAACAAGUUCGGCUGUACAAGUUGUGCACAGCACAGAUAAUUUUAUUUCUAACGUAGCUGCCAUUUCUACUGAUAAUACCGCUCCUAUUGCUAGUGUGGCUACUUCUCCUACUACUGUCAAAAUAUCAGAAAAAUGUGCAAAACUUACAGCCACUGAUAAUGACUCGAAAGAUGAUGAGAGGUAUAUAAUGAUAAGAGAGUGUUUCGAAGAUUUUUACUCAUUCUCUAGAUGUGAUUGUUAUUUAAUUGAUGAACCACUGGAUGUAAAUUCUUGUCUUCAGCUCUUGUUGGACCUCUAUGGAACUUUUAUAUCCUCCCAUUCGUCGAACACAUCUUCAUCUAUUUCUAAAGUUCAUCUCAACCUUCUUCUAGAAACUGUCAGGUCAUUGCUUCUGCUGUCAGAUGUCUUUGUGAGUGCCUCGCAGUAUGAGCUGAUGCUUAUGAGUAUGAUUGACAUUUAUAAAAGCCACCCCCAGGAAGAUGAACUCUUGCUAUCCUAUGUUGUUCUGGCGAUCUGCAAAGUUCAGAGGGUCAUUGAAUCGUGCCUGAAGAGUACCCACCUACCCACCAAGAUAUUCACGCUGUAUGGGGGCCUCUACUUAUUUGAGAGCAGCUGUCCGGAGAAUGCAUCUCUUCUGCUACCUGUCUACGUUGACUACUUAGUAAAGUCCCUUGGUAACUUUUCGCCAUCGAUCAUAUAUAGUCAGGAACAUGUCAUGGUCAUGCUCUCAUUAGGUUUCUUAAUUAUGGAAAAGUACUUCCACAUUAUUCGCGAUUCCGAAUUCAAUGUUACCUUCACGAAGCUCUGUUUCAACAUGGUCUCCAUUUAUGAAGACGCCAUUCCACUGCCUCUCUACGAAGCUGUCAUGACGGGUCUGGAACGCCUGCUUGUUUGUGGUUCUGCAAGUUCCACACAUCACAUCAUCGAUCACCAAGCGUUAACGAAGCUGGCUAUUGAGAGGUUCUCGCAGCAAAACACAAAACGAUCACUGAUUGCUUUCAACGUUCUCAUCUCCUGCAUCUAUCGAGAACUGGAAAGCACUUCAAAUGAUGAUGGCGACGAAGCCAACUUGAUGGAAGCUGCUGGAGGAGAUAGGAAAGUGCAGUUGAUGGAGAGAGCCACUAUAAUAUUUGAUAGAGUAAGGAAGGGUCUACCAUUUGAAGCCAACAUCGUCCUCCACGUCCUCCCAAACAUUCUUUUUGACUUUUUUGAACCUCACGAAAUAUUAAACAAAAUCAUUGGUGAAUUCCUUUAUAGUCAACACAGCCACGCACAGCUUUUUGCUCAACUUCUUUUCAAAGUCUUUGAUCAUAUGUUACAAAAGAACCAAUCAUCGUUGAUUGUCAAUUGGGUUAUGUUGUCCUUGUCUAACUUUAUGCAAAUAACACCACUAUCGGCUGCUGUCUGGAGUCUGACGUGCAUUUUUAUGAGUUCAUCGCAAGAAUGUCCCAUAAGACCAUUUAUUUUGAUAAGGUUCCCACUGGUGCUACGGCGAUUUGGACAGUUAGAUACAUUUGAUCUGCAAGCAUUCUGCAGCUCUGGAGUGAGCUUCUACAACCAGCUGACUAAACUGAAAAGCAACGACAUGGACGGCAGUGUCGAUUGUUCAUUCGUUUCUAUCAUUCAAUCACUAGCCCAGGAUAAAUUGCCGUACAAACUUUUGCUUGAAUCUAUCAUGCAAUAA